UCUUUCAUUGUAAUCAUGACGACUGAACAUGAACAUAGUAGAGACAAUGGUCCCGAGGGCAUGGAGCCUGAUGGAGUCAUUGAGGGAAAUUGGAAGGAGAUUGUCGACAGCUUUGAUGACAUGAAAUUGCGUGAGAACCUUCUCAGGGGGAUAUAUGCCUAUGGUUGAAAACCUUCUGCCAUUCAGCAGAGGGCAAUUCUCCCUUGCAUUAAGGGUUAUGAUGUCAUCGCUCAGGCUCAGUCUGGAACAGGGAAGACGGCCACCUUUGCUAUCUCCAUCCUGCAACAGAUUGAUAUAGAGCUUAAGGCCACGCAAGCUAUGGUCCUGGCUCCAACCAGAGAGCUUGCUCAGCAGAUCCAGAAGGUGGUUCUUGCCCUAGGAGACUACAUGGGUGGUACCUGCCAUGCCUGCAUUGGUGGCACCAAUGUCCGUAACGAGGUGCAGAAGCUCCAGGCUGAUGUGCCCCACAUUGUGGUUGGAACCCCUGGGCGAGUCUUUGACAUGCUUAACCGACGAUAUCUUUCUCCCAAAUACAUUAAGAUGUUUGCCUUGGAUGAAGCUGAUGAGAUGCUGAGCAGAGGGUUCAAGGACCAAAUUUAUGAGAUUUUCCAGAAGCUAUCCACUGACAUUCAGGUGAUUCUGUUGUCAGCCACCAUGCCUCAAGAGGUGCUGGAUGUCACUACAAAGUUUAUGCGAGAUCCCGUUAGGAUCUUGGUGAAGAAGGAAGAGCUGACCCUAGAGGGUAUUCGUCAGUUCUACAUUAAUGUGGAGAGGGAGGAAUGGAAGUUGGACACACUUUGUGACCUGUAUGAGACGUUGACUAUCACUCAAGCUGUUAUCUUCAUUAACACUCGCCGGAAGGUGGACUGGCUGACUGAGAAAAUGCAUGCUAGAGACUUUACAGUGUCUGCUUUGCAUGGAGACAUGGAUCAGAAGGAGCGAGAUUUAAUUAUGAAGGAGUUUCGCUCUGGCUCCAGUCGUGUCCUAAUCACCACUGACCUGCUGGCUCGUGGCAUUGAUGUGCAGCAGGUUUCUCUGGUCAUCAACUACGACUUGCCCACAAACCGGGAGAAUUACAUCCACAGAAUUGGGCGUGGUGGUCGUUUUGGCAGAAAGGGUGUCGCUAUCAACAUGGUGACUGAGGAUGACAAGCGCACACUCCGGGACAUUGAGACCUUCUACAACACCACUGUGGAAGAAAUGCCAAUGAAUGUGGCUGACUUGAUCUAAAACCAUCUUCCCACUAUUCUUCUCCCAUUUCAUUUCUUUGUCUCCUAUAUAUCUGGACUUGUACAUGCUCCUUUCCCCUCUAAAUCCACAACAUUGCCCAAACAAUUAUCAUUGUACACAGAAAGACAUAAAUAUGCCUUAUGUGUGACUUUGAAAAGACUUUCUUGAGUGUUCUUUUUAGCAUUUAACAAUGAUUGGUUAAAUUGGAGUGAGCCUUGUGCAGUGAUGCUAUCCCUCUGACAUGUUCCAUCCACUUAUUUUAUUGUUCUGUAUAUUUGUAUCUAUUGACUAAAGAGCUGAGCACCAAA